AUGGCAGAUAACAGUGGCUCAAACCUGGUGGCCUACACUUUGAUAGAAGGGCAGUCAAGCAACAGACCUCUACUCUUUAAUGGAAAAAACUACACUUAUUGGAAGGAAAUAAUGAAGAUCUUUGUUCAAUCAGUAGAUUAUAGACUCUGGAAGAUAAUUCUGGAAGGUCCUCAAUUUCCAACCACUACAGGAGCUAAUGGUGUGGUUUCUCUCAAGAAUGAAGCCAGCUGGAUAGAAGAAGACAGAAAAAAGGUGGAGCUCAACACCAAAGCUAUAAACUUGCUCAACUUUGCGAUCAGCUUUGAGGAAUAUCGACGGGUAUCAAGAUGCACAAUGACAAAGAAAAUCUGGGACAAACUUCAAAUCACUCAUGAAGGUACAACCCUAGUAAAGAAGACCAGAAUAGGUAUGCUGAACAGAGAAUAUGAAAUGUUCUUAAUGAAGAAAGGAGAAUCGAUAGAUGAACUGUUUGAAAGAUUCAACAUCAUCAUCAAUGGCUUGGAUGCUAUAGGGAUCACAUAUCCUGAAUCUGUGCUUGUGAGGAGAAUUUUGAGAAGUCUCACAAAAGAGUGGGAAACUAAGGCAAUAGUGAUAUCUAAGAGUAGUGGUCUUGAUUCUAUGACCUAUGAUGAUUUGAGAGGAAAUUUACUUCCUUUUGAAAACACAUAUUUGAAAAAAGAUACAAAAAAGAAAGGAAUAACUCUCAAAUCUGUUACUAACUCUCUAGAUGAUGAAUCCAGUGAUAACUCAUUUGAAACUGAUUUUGUUUUGUUUGCUAAGAAAUUCAAGAAAAUGGUGAAACUGAAGGAAAGAAGCAAAUGGAGUAGCUCAAGAAAACCAAAGAAGGAUUUCAGUAAAGUAAUCUGCUACAACUGCACUAAACUGAAGAAGGAGGAUAAGCCAAAGAAGGUAAAGAAGAAAGGACUGAUGGCCUCUUGGGCAGACUUGGAAAACGAUUUUGAUGAAGAUGAAGAAUCAGAAACCAAGUCUCAAACUUACCUCAUGGCAGAUCACGUAGAACAGGUAGUUUUUCACAAUCCUGACACUGAAGACCUUCAUCUCAUGAUAGAUCACCUCUCUGAAAAGAUUAGAUGCUUCUUAAAUGAAAACCAAAAUCUUGAGUCUCAAAUUGAAAUUCUUAAAGUUGAAAAUGGUUUUCUUAAAGAAAAAUUGAGAGAAGCUGAAACCGCUGUUGAUCUUGUGGAAGAAAACAAACGGUUGAAAGCUGAAAUAAAAGGUUGUGAAAAAUAG